CACCCCCCUCGCAUCUAAACAAAACACCAAACAUCGGCUGCCGCAACGGCUGUGAUCCGUCCAAUAACAGUUCCAGAAUGUCUACAUUUUGUUAGGCUAAUGAGCCGUGCACAAUUUUGGUCAUUUAUUUGAUUGUUCUUGAUUUUUCCGUGUUGUUUUCACGGCGGAAUCCGCCUUGGAAGUUAGUGAUAAUCCCCAGGGUACCCGUCGUUAGGUUAGACCACCACAAUGUUCAAAAACACAUUUCAGAGUGGAUUUUUGUCAAUACUCUAUAGCAUUGGUAGUAAGCCUCUUCAAAUUUGGGACAAGAAGGUUCGGAAUGGACACAUCAAGAGGAUUACUGACGGCGACAUCCAAUCUUUGGUGUUGGAAGUAGUUGGAACCAAUGUCAGUACGACUUACAUUACCUGCCCUGCUGAUCCGAAGAAAACUCUGGGAAUUAAGUUAUCAUUCCUAGUUAUGAUAAUCAAGAAUUUAAAAAAGUACUUUACAUUUGAAAUCCAGGUGCUGGAUGACAAGAAUGUACGGCGAAGAUUCAGAGCAAGCAACUAUCAGUCAACUACUCGGGUGAAGCCUUUUAUUUGUACAAUGCCUAUGCGAUUGGAUGAUGGUUGGAAUCAAAUACAGUUUAAUUUAAGUGAUUUUACUAGACGUGCCUAUGGAACAACAUAUGCUGAAACUCUUCGGGUGCAAAUUCAUGCCAAUUGUAGGAUUCGCCGAGUUUACUUUUCAGACAGAUUGUAUUCUGAGGAUGAAUUGCCUGCAGAAUUUAAACUGUUUCUUCCUAUUCAAAAUAAGACAAAGACUUAAAAAAUUCUCAUUUGUUCAUUGUGGCUUUUUCUUUGGUCCCUUUUAAAAUCCUACCCCGAGUGAAAUCUCUUAUAAUGGUACAUUCUGGGAAAAUGGGAUCCAAUUAUAACAGCUGUCAUCUACUUUGCCUCUUUAUUGUGCACUUCUGUCAAUUAUGAUUUCAUUAUGCAAAUUUGCCCUUCUGAAUUUAGUUUAAUUGGUUUGUCAUAUGUUUAGUAGUUAACGGAAUGGAUCCAUUGGUGAACUGUUUGGAUAUAUGCUGUACUGUUUCAGGUAUUUGGGAAGAUACAUUGUAUUUAUUUAGAAUUCAAAAUUCUCCAAAUUUUUAUUCAAUGUAUGUCAAACAUGUACAUUUUUAAGGAGCACCUUCUCAGAAUAUGUUACAGUAGGAGUUUCUUAUGCUCUUUAAAUUGUUUUUAUAAUUCAAAGUUCAAAAUAAAAUAUUGACAUUUACCAUCACAAUA